AUUAAAUGAAAAAAAAAAUAAUUGAAAAUCAAAAGAUGGUGUCGGAGAAAGAACGAAAUAGUGAGUGGGAUUGAGAUUGAGGGAGGGGAGUGGGAACGUUCUAAUUCUGGGCGAGAAUUUCAAUUUGAAGAUUAAAGAAAUAAGCCAUGAUUUUCAAUGUGAUGUAGAUGUAAACUCGGAUCUGUGCCUAAACCUCACCCCACCUUCUCUCUGGGUUGUUUUGGCUCAGCAUUCUGUUGGUAGAUGUUAAGCAGAUCUACUUGUUAAAAUGGGGCAUCUAAAGUUGCUAUCUCAAACCGGUAUUAAUGCUAUAGAAGAGGAAAAUGGGCAUUGCAAUGAUGGAUAUCCUAACAAAACUACUGUGGCAUGCAUGAUCAAUGCAGAAAUUGGUGCUGUUUUGGCAGUGAUGCGAAGAAAUGUUAGAUGGGGAGUUCAUUAUAUGUCAGAUGAAGAUCAAGUUGAGCACUCUCUUGUUCAAUCUUUGAAGAUAUUAAGGAGAACAAUUUUCUACUGGAAGGAUCCAUGGCAUGCUAUCAACCCUGUUCAUUAUCUCCAACCAUUUUUAGAUGUGAUUCAAUCAGAUGAAACUGGUGCACCAAUCACUGGUGUUGCUCUGUCGUCAGUUUACAAGAUCUUGACUCUGGAUGUAAUUGAUCAAAACACUACCAAUGUUGGGGAUGCCAUGCACUUGGUGGUUGAUGCUGUCACAAGCUGCAGAUUUGAGGUGACUGAUCCUGGAUCAGAAGAAGUUGUAUUAAUGAAGAUACUACAAGUUCUUCUAGCGUGUGUGAAAAGUAGAGCAUCUGUAAUGCUGAGUAACCAACAUAUUUGCAUUAUAGUGAACACUUGUUUCCGUAUAGUUCACCAAGCAGGAACCAAAGGUGAGUUGUUGCAGCGGAUAGCACGUUACACGAUGCACGAACUUGUUCGGUGCAUUUUUUCUCAUCUUAAAGAUAUUGACAACGUAGAGCAUUCAUUAGUAAAUGGAAGCAAUGGUUUGAAUCAAGAGACUGGUGGGCAAAAUAAUGAACAUAAUUCUACAAACAGACAAUUGGAAAAUGGGAGCUUAAAUUCUGCAAGUAAUAGGCAAUCUUACUCAACAGGCAUUGCUUCCAGUACUGAGAGCGUUAUGACAGUAGUUGUAGUGGAUGACAUAACAGCCAUUGACAGCAGUGGCAAGGAGGUCGACCUAGAUGAACUGCACCUCAUGAAGGAACCAUAUGGGAUUCCAUGCAUGGUGGAAGUGUUUCACUUCUUAUGUUCUUUGUUGAAUGUUGUUGAGCAUAUGGGAACAAGUACAAGAUUAAAUACAAUAGCAUUUGAUGAAGAUGUGCCUCUUUUUGCCUUAACUUUGAUUAAUUCAGCUGUAGAGUUGGGAGGGUCUUGUUUUCACCGGCAUCCUAGACUGUUGAGCUUAAUUCAAGAUGAACUGUUUCACAAUCUAAUGGAGUCCGGUUUGUCAAUGAGCCCCCUUGUAGUUUCAAUGGUGUGUAGCAUUGUUCUAACUUUGUAUCACCAUCUUCGUACAGAAAUCAAGUUACAAUUAGAAGCUUUCAUUUCAUGCGUAAUUUUGAGGCUUGCACAAAGCAAAUAUGGAGCAUCAUAUCAGCAACAGGAAGUUGCUAUGGAGGCCCUUGUUGACUUUUGCAGGCAAAAAACAUUCAUGAUGGAAAUGUAUGCUAACCUUGACUGUGACAUAACUUGCAGUAAUGUCUUUGAAGACAUUGCUAACUUGUUGUCCAAAAGUGCAUUUCCUGUUAACAGUCCAUUAUCUUCUUUGAAUAUUCUUGCUUUGGAUGGUCUUAUUGCUCUUAUGCAAGGAAUGGCUGAAAGGAUAGGCAAUGAAUCUUUGAGUUCAGAACAUCCUCAUGUGAAUCUUGAACAAUAUAGUUCUUUCUGGCAGGAGAAGUGUGAAAAUUUCAGCGAUCCGAAUAAUUGGGUUCCUUUUGUUUGCCGGAGAAAGUACUUCAAGAAAAUAUUGAUGAUUGGAGCAGAUCACUUUAAUCGUGAUGUUAAGAAAGGUCUUGAGUUUCUCCAAGGAACACAUCUUUUACCCGACCAACCCCAUGCCCAAAGUGUUGCCUACUUUCUUAGAUUCACAACUGGGUUGGAUAAGAAUCUCAUUGGUGAUUUUCUAGGGAACCAUGAUGAAUUCUGUGUUCAGGUCCUUCAGGAAUUCGCAAGAACAUUUGAUUUCAAAGACACAACAUUAGACACAGCAUUGCGUCUAUUUUUGGAGACUUUCAGACUGCCUGGAGAAUCACAGAAGAUACAGAGGGUGCUUGAAGCUUUCUCUGAGAGAUAUUAUGAACAGUCACCACAGAUCCUAGCUAAUAAGGAUGCUGCUCUCUUGUUAUCAUACUCAAUUAUAAUGCUUAAUACAGAUCAUCACAAUGUACAAGUGAAAAAGAAGAUGACAGAAGAGGAUUUUAUCCGAAAUAAUAGGCGAAUAAAUGGUGGAAAUGAUUUGCCUCGAGGAUUCCUUUCAGAAAUUUACCAUUCCAUUUGUAGGAAUGAGAUUCGUACAACUCCUGAGCAAGGUUCUGGAUUUCCUGAAAUGACUCCAAGUCGGUGGAUUUAUCUUAUACACAAGUCAAGGAAAACUGCUCCAUUCAUUGUCUCUGAUUCCAGAGGAUACCUUGAUAAUGAUAUGUUUGCUAUUCUGUCUGGGCCAACAAUCGCAGCCAUUUCUGUGGUGUUUGAUAAUGCUGAAAACGAAGAGGUCUACCAAACAUGUAUGGAUGGAUUCUUAGCUGUUGCAAAGAUAUCGGCUUACUAUCAUCUUGAGAAUGUACUCGAUGAUUUGGUUGUAUCCCUUUGUAGGUUUGUUACUAUUUUGGAUCCAUUAUCUGUUGAGGAACCAAUCCUUGCCUUUGCAUAUGACACAAAAGCAAGAAUGGCAACUAACACCGUUUUCGCUAUAGCGAAUAAGUACGGUGAUUACAUUCGCACAGGAUGGAGAAAUAUUCUUGAUUGCAUCUUAAGAUUUCAUAAAUUAGGCCUUCUUCCUGCUAAUAUGGCUAAUGACGCGACUGAGGAGUCAGAGCAUCCUACGGAAACUCUACAUGAGACUCCAACUAAAGAACAAGUUGCUGCACAGCAGAGCACCCUUCAAACAAUUCAGAAGUGUCAUAUUGACAGCAUAUUUUCUGAGAGCAAAUUUUUGCAAGCUGAAUCUCUGUUGCAACUUGCAAGAGCACUCAUUACUGCAGGAGGGCGGCUUAAGAAAGGAAAUACCACAUUUGAUGAUGAAGAUAGUUCAGUUUUCUGUCUGGAAUUACUAAUAACAAUCACUCUGAAUAACAGGGAUAGGAUUGAACUUCUUUGGCAUGGUGUUUAUGAGCACAUAUCUAAUAUUGUUCAGUUGACUGUGAUGCCUUGUGCACUAGUUGAGAAAGCAGUUUUUGGACUCCUAAAAGUUUGCCAUCGCUUACUUCCCUACAAAGAGAACUUCACUGAUGAACUUUUAAGGUCCCUGCAACUUGUCCUUAAGCUUGAUGCACGCGUUGCCGAUGCCUACUAUGAGAAGAUUACACAGGAAGUAAGUCAUCUCGUGAAGGCAAAUGCUUCUCAUAUUAGAUCUCAAUUAGGAUGGCGAACAAUUACAUCUCUGCUUUACAUCACUGCCAGACACCUUGAGGCAUCUGAUGCUGGUUUUGAUGCACUGCUGUUCAUUAUGUCGGAUGGAGCGCACUUACUUCCUUCUAAUUAUGUUCUCUGUAUAGAUGUUGCAAGACAGUUUGCCGAGUCACGCGUUGGACAGGUAGAGCGGUCAGUUGUGGCACUUGAUCUUAUGGUAGGAUCUGCCAAUUGUUUAGAGAAGUGGACUAGUGAUGCCAAGAAAGAAAUGAAGGAAGAGGAUUUGGCAAAGAUGUUGCAGGAUAUUGGGGAGAUGUGGUUGAGGCUUGUACAAGAAUUAAAGGAAGUGUGUUUAGACCAGAGGGAGGAGGUAAGAAACCAUGCAUUGUUAUCAUUGCAGAAUUGCUUGACAGGAUCUCUUGGGACUCAUAUCCAACAUGAUUUGUGGUUACGAUGUUUUGAUCAAGUGAUCUUUGCUGUGCUCGAUGAGCUGGUUGAAACUUAUCAGACACGCUCCCAAAAGGAGUACCGGAACAUGGAAGGAUCCCUCAUUAUUGCCUUGAAGCUCUUGUGUAAAGUUUACCUGCAGUUACUCCCAAGCAUAUCAGAGUCGACCAAGUUCACCAAAUUAUGGUUGGGUGUACUGAGUCGAUUGGAAGUAUACAUGACGGUGAGAGUUAGGGGAAGGAGAAGCGAGAAGAUUCAAGAGCUCGUGCCCGAGCUUCUCAAGAACACUUUACUUGUCAUGAAAGCGCAUGACAUACUAGUGCGCAGCAGUAGUGGGGGUAACAAUAGUUUCUCGGAACUGACUUGGAAGCAUAUAAACAACAUUUCUCCUUCCUUGCAGUCUGAGGUUUUUCCUGAGCAAGAUUCAGAGCAAUUGGAGAACAAACAAGCUAAAACAGUUGAAGGUUUGGGACCUAAUAAUGAAAACAUUUCUAAACCUUCAAAUGAAAGAGCUGGCCAAGAUGGUGCUGGCAUUGGUUAAUCACAGGUGCAGCCAUGUUGAUGAACCUCUUCAUUGGUUUAUUCUUAUUUUUAUUUCUGUUGUAGUUUGGUGGUUGCUUGGUUUCUCUCACAAAUAGAUUCAUGCAGUAUAUGAUAGAAUUUAGAAUCCCAUUCAAAUUUUCAAUAGGACCCUUGACACAGUAAGAAUUUUUGUUGAAGAUAUGUUAUAGCUUGAGAAAAUGUAGAGUGUUCCCUCUUCAGUAUGGUCCCUAUUGAGUUCAUGCCUGAACCUGUUAAUUGAGAUGUAUUUGGAAGAUAAUGUCUUUAUAGAUUGUAUAGAGCUCAAAAUUAUUACC